UCGAUGCGUUGGGCUAAAGUUUAUACGAGUUAAACUGGCUUCAAGUUGACGGAAAGAAAGUUUAAAAGUGGCCAAAAAUGGCAAACAUCGACGCAGACCUCGAAGACCAGCAAUCUAAGGGCGUAUUCGCAACUUUAAUGGCCGAUGGGAAAUGGAUGUACCAGGCAGGAGAGUAUAAAAAAGCUAUAGACAGCUUCACAGAGGCACUGGCUUUAAAGCCUAGUGACAAGCAGUGCUUUGUUGCUCGGUCCAGAUGUUACCUGAAGAUGGGAGGGUUUGACAACGCUUUGAGAGAUGCAGAAGCUUCACUUAAAAGAGACAACUCGUUUUUUGAGGGUUUGUACCUGAAGGCAGAAGCUUUAUACUACAUGGGAGAAUUUGAAUUUGCCCUGGUGUUUUACCACAGAGGCCAUAAACUACGUCCACAAAUGCAGGAGUUCAGACUGGGUAUCCAGAAAGCACAGGAGGCCAUAGAAAACUCUGUUGGCAGUCCUUCCAAUGUGAAAUUGGAGAUUAAAGGAGACCUGUCAUUUCUCAACAUAGGUGGUGAGAGGGCCAAACCAAUUGCAGCUAUCCAGAAUCUCACAAAGAAGAAAAAUCAGAAGACUGAGAAAACCCCAAAGAGUGAAAAGACAACCAAACAACUUCUGGGCGAGUUUUAUAGUGACAAGAAAUAUCUAGAAAAUCUGAUGAAAGAUGAAGACUUGAUAGAAGGUACAACAAAGAGUGGGGAGAAGGUGAAGGACAUCAUUCAGAGAUGUCUGUCUUACCUUGACACUUGCACUGAAUUUUGGCACCAGGAGAAGCCUACUUCUGCACAAGAAAUGAGGCAGAAGUUCAUGCAAGAGAAAUGUACAAAGCGCCGUAAUAGGGCACUCUCUUCUGGAUUUCUGCUGAAAAGCCUGGAUGAAAUUGACAGAGAGUUUAUGUCCGGAAAUGCAGAAGGCACUCUGAAGAAGGCAGAAGAAGUCAUGAAGAUGGUGCAGAGGUGGUCUGAGAAAGAGGUUCCUAAUAAAAAAGAGGUUUUGGGCACCUUGCACAGUUGCAUUGGCAAUGCUUUAGUUGACCUGGGAAACAUGGACAAAGCAUUGGAGCAUCAUCAGAAAGACCUGGAGUUGGCCAAACAGUGCAAGCUCCCAGGAGCACUGUCCAGAGCUCUGGACAACAUUGGCCGAGUCUAUGUUCGAAAUGAAGAGUUUGCAGAGGCCAUUCAAGUCUGGGAAAAGAAGCUUCCGCUGGUUUGCAGUGAUUUGGAGAAGACAUGGUUGUUACAUGAGAUCGGUUUGUGUUACCUGAAGCUCGAUCACCACGAAGAAGCUCGAGAUUAUGGCGUCCGUUCAGUAGCUGCUGCUGAUGGAAUCGCCGAUAAGAAGUGGCAGUUGAAUGCCAAUGUUUUGGUUGCACAGUCAGAAUUGAAGCUUGGAAACUAUGAAUCUUGUGUCACCCACUUUGAAAGAGCUUUGUCCUAUGCCAAACUUCUAGAAGAUGAUUCUGCCAUGGAUGCUAUUGAGAAGGCCCUUCAUGAAGCAAAGCAACACCUAACACAAUGAGGAACCCCUUCAGUCAGAAUGGUUGAGGAAAAGAAGAAGAAAGACUCAUUUUGUGUGUGUGUGUGUGUGUGUGUGUGUGUGUGUGUGUGUGUGUGUGUGUGUGUGUGUGUGUGUGUGUGUGUGUGUGUGUGCGCUCAUUUACACACCUAUAUGGAACACAGCAAUAAAGCAGUAACUUAAUCAAAUGAGAAGAUCAUA